AUGUCUCAAGAAUCCCAGUUAUCGCAGAGCUCACUUGCUCCUCCUUUGGAGCUUCCAGGGCCAGCCACUCCGGGUCGACGGCCAAGUCUCUCUGCUUCACCUGAGCUGGAUGAAAAAGUCCAAAGCCAGGUUUCCCAAGCCGAUCAGCGCAAGCUCGUCUCCCCCCCUUCAUUGGCCUCCUCGGACAUGACCCCACCUCCAUCUUCACAAGUGCCCGGUGCUCCCUUGCGGCGGUCAAGAUCUCGAUCGACCACAUACCUAGCAUCUCCUCCGGAUAUUGAAAAGACUCUGUGCGCUGCAUACGGUGCCUCUGAGAAUCUUCCAUCUGUCAGUGACAUCGACACUGCCGGCGAAUCCGAGCUGCGUAUAAUCGCCAAAGAGCUCCUCAGUGUUGCGCAAGAAGCCCGUAUGUCGGCCCUGCAUUUCAAACUUCAGAAUAGCCUUCUGUCUUUCACAAGUAAUGAAGCAAUCAAGCGCGCCGAAGUUGAACAUCAGUUAGCGAGGCGGGAGGUGGAGAUUCUUCAGAGUUCCGAGUACCGAAAUAGACAUGGUCCGUCCGAGGUGAAGCCACUGCAACCUAUCUCGAACGCGGAACUGGAGGCCGCCCUCAAGCGUAAUCAAGAGUUGGAGAGAGUCAAUGCCACUCUCGAUCGCAGAUUGCGUCGCGCGAAGAAACUCAUCGAGCAGGAGAAAGAAAAGUCCGAGCUGCUCAUGGAGGAGAAUGAUCUGCUGAAGAAGCGGAUUAGAGAAAACCGCGAGCAUUUCUCUAGGAUGAUCGAACGUGGUUCCAUGUCGCCGAGCCCUCAGAUCCAAUCCGGCACGCCUCAAAGAAAACCAGUCCCCCACUUCCAUGACAGCCCCAGUCCACACAUGAGCCGCGGUGAAAGCCAUCCGUUUGCUGCUCUUCUUGCUGCAGACAGAGUUCUCAACAGAGGAUCUUCUGAUUUCCAAUCAUCUCCACAAAGGUUGCGUCAAAGACAGCAUUCUAAUGGCCACGUGCGGGGCACACAUUCAUUGUCUUCGCUCCCCAUGACACCGUCGCAGUCUCGGACGACGCCCCGAGAACAUCUGUUCUUCACUCCGACCAGAAAUACUCAGGAUGAGCAGCGUGACCGCGACAGCACGAUCUCUGCCUCGGACAUUGAAGAAGCCGAGACAGAAGAAGACAUUCCAGCCUCUCAAGCUGAUUCUCCUGCAACCAGCAUGCUUCGUCCCGACCCUGUUAUCAGCCAGCAGGAGACUCGAAGUGCGGCAAUUGCCCCGAAGACGAGCACAUUAUUGCAAACAAAAUUGUUCGGCCAGGUGAGGAAGGCUGGCGUCGACCGUCCUCCGAGUGGACUAAAACGCAAAGCUAGCAUUGACGAUAGUGCGGCUUCGAAGAAAUCGAAGGCAGCUGAGGGGGUGGGUCUUGGUAUUGAAGCGUAG